ACCUUUGCGGACCACGUCAUGGGCGGCUAUAAGUUCCUCAUGCGCUACCACAACCCCGGAGACGACCUGUACAUCUUUGGAUUCAGCCGCGGUGCCUACGUGGCUCGCUUUUUGGCGGAGAUGCUGGACUACAUGGGCCUCCUGGAGCUGGGCAAUGAAGAGCUGCUGCGCUUCGUCUGGAAAACCUUUGCACAGUGGCAGGAGCGGACCGGGGAUCAGAAGGAAAAGAAUAAACAGUUUCGCUAUAUGGCCGCUUUCCGGGAGACGUUUAGUCGGCCGGUGACGCAGAUUCGAUUUCUCGGCCUUUUUGACACGGUCAACAGUGUGCCCCGAUUCGAGAACCCGUGGAUGCAACGUAGCAAGACCCCCUACGCGUCACGGACGUCGGCCAAGGUUAUUCGCCAUGCUGUGGGAAUCGACGAGCGUCGGGCCAAAUUCCGUCAGGAUUUGAUCUCCGAGAUUAAACCCCAGAUGCAGUCUCGACAGUCUCGAAUCCGGGCGCAUAUGAAACGACAAGCGCGGCAACUUCACUAUCAAUUUACGCCCCAAGAUGCGCAAGAGGACGACGACACCGAAGAAGUCAACUAUUCGCUUUACCGGCCGUCUCGGCGUGGCACUCGGCCCAGAACGGCGCAUUCAACGCAGGCCGAGGAUAAUGAGUCGACGGCGUCUGUCGCAUCCAUCAACUGGGACGAGGAUGAAGAGGAUGAUGAACAAGAUCUGGAAGAGGUCUGGUUCCCCGGAGCGCAUGCGGAUAUCGGCGGGGGUUGGAAGCAAAAUGAAGGUGAGGGGUGGGCCCUCAGCCAUUCGCCAUUGGUGUGGAUGGUCCAAGAAGCUCGACGGGCUGGCCUGAGAUUCAAAAGUUCCAAACUGAAAAAGUUCCAAUGCUGGAACGGUCCCAUCGUGGCGGAAACUCUGGACACAGAAAUGAAAACCAGGGCCAAUGAGCGCGCAGCUGAUGUUGGCGGCGUCGCUGAGAAUCCCACACAAGACCACUCGCGGGACGACGAGUUCAAUGAGGCCUUGCGCCGCUCGAGCAGCGCUAAGCUGCACGACUGCCUUAAACUCGGCGACGGCCUUCCGGCGACCUCGGUGCUGUCAUGGAAAAUGAUGGAGUUCUUCCCAUUUCGGCGCAUGGAUCUACAAGGCGAUGGGACUUGGAAACCGAUCCGCUGGCCGCUCCCCCGUGGAGAAGUGCGCGACAUGCCCCAAGACGCCCAGGUCCAUGUCUCCGUCAUUCGUCGGAUGCAAGACAAUGACGAGUACCGACCGGGGAAUCUGAUUGUCGGGCGUGGUGGACGGGGGGUGCGAAAGGCCCCCAAAGACUAUGGCAUGGGCAGAUGGGAUGUGUCCAGGUAUGCCGGAUGUCCAGUCCGCGAAACGUACAUGCGCCAAGAUGUCGUAGCAGCAAGUUAGGACAGCCACGCGGAAUAAAUUAAGCCAAUGAACACGAUUCUGUCUUGAACAAGCCCCCCGGAUAGGCUACACCAGGUCUAGUUCUUCAUUGGGGGCGCUGGUUUCGUUUCGCGCCGUUUGCCUUGGUGUAAGAAUGACAGUUGGCCCGCCAAUUGUCC